CAUUCGAAAUAGUUAAGGAUAUCGCGGGUAGACUGCGAAAUCUUGAGGGAGGUGGGUCGACAGGUCGCCGAUAAAUCCCUUCUUUGAUAGGAUUCGGGUAUAAAAGACUGGUCGUAGAGGCAGACAGCAUCGCAUUGCAUCAUUGAAUAAUACAAUGAGGUGCUUAAUUGUCCUGUUGGCUCUGGUGGCCUUAGGGGCCUGUGGAAAUGUCAAACAACAACAUGCUGCUGACCAGAAUCUCCUUAACAAACAGCAAGACAUCAUCCAACUCCUGCAGAAGAUCUCACAGCCAAUUCCAAACCAAGAACUUCAGAACCUUGGUGAAAAUUAUGAAAUUGAGAGCAAUGCUCACCAAUACAACAAUCCAAUCAUAGUAAUGUACUAUGCGGGUGCUGUAAAAGCUGGUUUGGUUCAACCUCAGGGUACAGUGUUCACUAAUUCAAUCAGUCAGCUUCGGAAAGAAGUUUCCCUACUCAACAGGAUAUUAUUGGGUGCCAAGGACUACCAGACUUUUCUCAAGACUGCUGCAUGGGCCCGUGUUCAUGUUAACGAAGUACAAUUUGUUAAGGCUUUAGUUGGUGCUGUACUGACUCGCUCAGACACCCAAGGAGUCAUCCUCCCACCUGUUUAUGAAAUCUUGCCCCAGUAUCAUUUGGAUGCUAGAAUUAUUCAAGAAGCCCAAAACAUUGCCAUUCAAAAAGUCCAGGAAGGAGGCAUUCAGAAUAUUCUCAUCCCUGUUAACUACUCUGCACUCUUGUCUCAAGAUGAACAUCAACUGUCUUACUUCACUCAAGAUGUUGGUCUUGCGGCAUACUACUCCUAUAUCAACCUUGCUGGAUACAUUUUGGGAGAACAGGACCAACAACAACAGCAACAACAGCCUCUGACUCAACAACAGUAUCAACAACAGAUUGUAGGGAAAUACUUGCAACAAGGAGGACAACAAGACCAACAAAGCACCAUUGCUCAUGGAGCUCAAUAUUUGUAUCUUCAUCAACAACUUUUGGCUCACUACGAACUUAACCGUCUUUCGAACGGGCUUGGUCCAAUCUCUGAAAUUAACUACCAAAAUGUACAAGCUCUUUACCAACCACAUCUUCGCGUUCUCAAUGGACUUGAAUUUGCUGGUCGUCCAGAGAAUCUUCAACUCCAACCUCAAAAGAAUAAACUCAUCCAAAGUGUUAUUACUCUGGAACAAAGACUGAUGAAUGCCAUUGACUCUGGCAAUGUGAUCACCCCACAAGGCGCCUUCCUUUCUUUGUACCAACCACAGGGUAUGAACAUUCUUGGUGACUUGAUUGAAGGAACUGGUAGAAGCGUCAACCCAAGGUACUAUGGAAGCCUCCAGGCUGCUGCUCGCAAACUCCUUGGAAAUGCUCCUGAAGUUCAGAACAUUUGGGACUACACACCGUCGGCUCUUGAACUUGGACAAACUGCUGUUCACGAUCCAGCCUUCUACCAACUGUUCAAAAAGGUCAUGAACCUUUACCAACAAUAUCAAGAGUCUUUGCCUGCCUACCAGUACAACGAUCUUGUCCUUCCUGGCGUUACCAUCCAGAACGUCGAUGUUAGCCAGCUGGUCACUCUCUUCAGCGACUAUUACAUCGACCUCAAUGGCGUUACUGGACAAUCUAACCAACAACAACAACAGCAACAAGAUCAACAACAGGAACAACAGCAAAACGUUAAGGCUUAUCUCAAAAGAUUAGAUCAUCAACCCUACCAAUACAAAGUCAUGGUUCACAGUGAACAAAAUGUACCAAGCGCAGUUGUUCGUGUCUUCCUUGGACCCAAAUACGACUACCAAGGCAAACCAAUUAGUAUCUCUCAGAGUCGACAUCUCUUUGUUCAACUUGACCAAUUCAUCCAAAACCUUCACUCUGGUCAGAACAUCAUCAUUAGGAAUUCCCAGCAAGCUCCUGGACAGAGCCCUGACUGGCCAUCUACUUCUGAAAUUCAAAAAGGUGUUAAUGCUGCUAUCCGAUCUCAGGAACCAUUCUUCAUUACUGAGCCACACCAAAUCUUCAGUUUUCCUGCUAGGUUGUCUCUUCCCAAAGGUCAACCACAAGGUUUCCCACUUCAGUUUCUCGUUGUAAUCUCUUCUCCAAACCCACUUAAUAUGCCAUACGGACCAGUAAUCCCUGAACAAAACUUGUCCUACCAAGCCCAACAAUACCAAAUCGUGAAUGCCAACCAAUACCAACAAUUGAAACAACAAGGACAACUUUGGCAAAUGGGCGGCGGAGUUGAACAAAACGUUGAGGUUCUUCCUGAGAACUUGGCCAAUGCUCAGCAACAAAUAGAUGCUGUCAGGAAUCACUAUGCUAAUGUCUACACCAGAUACCACGGACAGUAUCCCAAUACUCAAAUCCAGAACCCUAUUGGCCAAGGACAAGACAUGACAUACAGUAUCCAAGGAGUUGGAGUUGUUAACGCUGCCGGUGUUGGUGGUUCACAAUCCCUAGGAUUACACGGACAACACAUCGCAGUUCAAAGCCAACAACAAAUACAACAACAAGCUCAACAGAUCCAACAACAAAUACAAGCAGCAACAGCAGCAGCUCAACAAGGACAACAGGGACAACAUCAGGGCCAGGGUGCUCAAAUGAUUUGGAAUGCACAACAACAACAACAACAACAACAACAAUUGCAUCACGGACAACAUAUUAAUAGCUGGUCUCCAUCUCACAUUGAUCAGUCUGUCGUCCAAUCUGUACAACAAGGAUUACAAGGACUAUCUGGUCUGGCUGGUGCACAAGGUCUCCAGGGUGCACAGGGUGCUCAAGGUGUUCAAGGUGUCAAAGGUGUCUCUGGCGUCAAAGCUGUUUCUGGUGUCAAAGGUGUAGCUGGCGUCCAAGGUGUAGCUGGUGUCCAAGGUGUAGCUGGCGUCCAAGGUGUAGCUGGCGUUCAAGGCGUAGCUGGCGUCCAAGGUGUUCAAAGAGUCCAAAAUGCAGCUGGCGUUCAAGGUGUAGCUGGUGUCCAAGGUGUUCAAGGAGUCCAGGGUGUACAACAAGGCGGAAUUCAAGGCGGAGUACAAGGCCUGUCUGCUGUUUUGCAAGGAGGAGUAUCAUCACAAAGUUGGGGAAUUGGACAAGGUUUACAAGGAGUGAAUGUUCCGUAUGGCAUGCAAGGAGCCCAAGGUAUCGGAGGAGUUCAAUCUUGGCCAAACUCUCAAGUCCAAGGUGGAAUCUCAGGAAGUGGUAUUGUCGCCAGCGGACAACAACACGCUGGUGGCUUCCAAGGAAUCUACGCACAAGCACAAACUGUUCAGGACCCAUCUGUCAGCGAAUACUACCAGAACAAACCAAUCUCUGAAAUUAUUGGUGGUGCUAUCUCCCUUGAUGGCAAACCUCUCGGCUUCCCUCUGGAAAGACCGUUGGCUCCUGGUGCUCUUAGCGUUUCCAACAUCUUCGUGCAAGACGUUCUCGUCUUCCACCAAGGUCAACCCACCAACGACAUCACUCAGCCAUAAAUGUUCCUACGGCGAAGCGCGCCUUGUUAGAAGUCGUGUGAAGAUGGUUUAUACGACGGACUUAUCGCGCACGAGAUGUUAUUAAUGUUAAUAAUUAAAGAAAAGAUUUAUUGAUGUAUCAAUUAUAAUGAAUAAAUU